AUGGAUUACCAGAACCGCGCGGGCUCCAAGUUCGGCGGCGGAGGCGUGGCCUCGCACAGCGCGACGAACGCGGACCGGAGGGAGCGGCUGCGCAAGUUGGCACUCGAGACGAUCGACCUAGACAAGGACCCGUACUUCUUCAAGAACCACGUGGGCUCGUUCGAGUGCCGGCUCUGCCUCACCGUGCACCAGAACGACGGCUCGUACCUCGCGCACACGCAGGGCAAGAAGCACCAGACGAACCUGGCGCGGCGCGCGGCGCGCGAGCAGAAAGAAGGAAAGGGCCAGGUCGACCCGAACACGGGGUUGCCGGUGGGCGUGGUGGGCGCCGGGUUCGGCGCGAACAUGGUGCGGAGGAACGUGGUCAAGAUCGGGAGGCCGGGGUACAAGAUCACGAAGGUGCGCGACCAGGUGACGAGGCAGCAAGGGCUGCUGUUCCAGCUGCAGUACCCGGAGAUCGGGCAGGGCGUGACGCCCAAGGUGCGGUUCAUGAGCGCGUUCGAGCAGCGCGUCGAGGAGCCGCCCGACAAGAGCUUCCAGUACAUGCUCGUGGCGGCGGAGCCGUACGAGACGUGCGGCUUCAAGCUCCAGGCUAGGGAGAUCGAUCGCUCGGGCGACCGGUACUGGACUUGGUGGGACGCCGAUCUGAAGGAGUUCUGGGUCCAGGUUAUGUUCUUGACGGAGCGGGAGGAGCGGUAUGUUGGUGUGCCUGGGUUGCCGGGACGGAGGUGA